AAUUUCCAGUGAUCUUGAUCUUCUCUCUCUCUAAUUACACUGUGAUAGAAAAGAGAUGGCUGGCUUUAAGAAAUUGUUUGCAACUGUUUUCCUUAUGCUGAUGCUGGUUUUUGCCACUGAGAUGGGAACAAUGGUGGCUGAGGCAAGGACUUGUGAGUCCCAAAGCCACCGAUUCAAGGGUCCAUGCGUAAGGAAGAGCAAUUGUGCUGCUGUUUGUCAGACAGAGGGCUUUCACGGCGGCCAUUGCCGGGGCUUCCGCCGCCGUUGCUUCUGCACCAAACACUGUUAAGAUCCAAUGUGAUCUAGUCGUUCCUCAGAUUCUGCGUAUAACGUGGAAGCUUAGUGCAUCAGGCUGUCGUUUAUUAAUUUUUUUUCUAGAAUGUUUCUGAGAAAUGAUGUGUCUCUUUUUUUUUACGUUGUCAUGAAAAUAAGAAAAAACCUCAAGUGUACUCAGGAACUGAUCUGAUUCUGAAAUUUGAUGGUUUUUGUGUCAUUGUGUGCGAA